UUUACCUUUAUCCGGCUUUAACUAAAGGAAAAUUAGUUUUUACUUAAAUUUCACUUGAAUUAUUUUAAAUUAAACUCUAAAGCUUUUUUAAUUUACAGAGUUUUUAUAUCUUUUUUUUUAUCCAACUCAAAUAGUGUAAUACUCUGACGAUACUUGAAUAUACUUUCUAAUUUUCGUCAACUUCCUGUUCAAUUUUCUGAUUUAUGGCUUAAAAAAAUACCGUUAGAAUAAUAAUACUCAUAACUAAAAGAUGACUAGACAAGGAAGAAGACGGCGUGGAUUAUUAAAGAGAAAAUUUAAGGAGACUGAAGAGCAAAUGAAAGAAAUUAACUAUAUUAGAGAUCUGCAUUUGAGAAAAAACCUGAAGGAUGUAGUAGAGAUACAAUCAUGCCUACCUCCUGAAAUUUUGGUAAAAAUAUUCGGCUAUUGCGCCACAAACGAGGGAAAUUUAAGUCUGUUUAAGUUAGCCAAUGUCUCAUCGGGCUGGGAAAAGUUAAUCAAGUCUAAAUGCUUAUGGAAAUGUGUGGAUCUCGUAGAAGGUGUUGAAAAUCUAACAAUUGAAAAAUGGAAGUCAAUGAGAAAGACGUUUGUACCCCUUCUUAGGGAAAGCAAAAAAGUUCGUCUCAACACAUCAAUCAUAACGACUAGAUGGGAUAAUUUCUUUUUUAAUUUUCCAUCCGUCACCGAAAUAUCAUUUGUAGGAACAAGAAAUCUUCGGCCGGAAGUUCUUCUCGAUAUUAUUCAUUCCAAAAUUAAAAUUGAAUCUCUCAACUUUGACGGUGUAUUCUUAAGCUUUAUCCCGUCAAAGAUUAUUCGUAAAAUGGCUACAACUAUAUUACCUAGUCUAAAGAAGCUAGUACUAUCCAACAACUCUUUAUAUAUAACAGCUAUUGAAGUACUGUUUAAAGUAGUGGGUCAGAGUUGUGAACAGCUGGAAGUAUUGGAAUUAGAGAAUUGUUUACCUCCGAAUAGGAUUGCCGUCCCAGAAUUAGAUUAUAGUUCAAUACGUCGUAAUUGCCGUUCUUUGAGAGUAUUGAAUUUUAGUUUUACUUUUAUCGAUCCUCAAAUUCCCAAAACAGUAUAUCCACAGAACGAUACAUUGGAUUUACGAGAACUUCAUAUGGGCAGUACUAUCCGUUCUUAUCGACGUUUUGGAGAUAACUUCUUACUAGAUUUUGUCGGUAAUUGUAAGAAUUUAGAGACAAUCAAUGCUAAUUAUUUACCAAACUGCAAUAGUCUACAUUUCCUACAAAAAAUUAAGGCGAAAAGAAUGAAAAAUUUGUAUAUUUGUAAUAUUUUUAAUGGAAAAUACGAUAUACAAGCUAUUACCUCUCAAGCUACAAUCGUAUUCGGUAGAUGGCAGUCAACACUAUUAACGUUAGACCUAUCAAGGAAUAUUAUGAUAGAUUCACUUUGGUUAACAAUAUUUGAAUCGUUCUGUAAAGACUCACCACUUGAAACUUUAUAUCUAAAUUGUAGUAAUAUAACAACAAGACCGUUCAUAACUGCCAUUAAACAAUUUACAAAUCUAUCAUAUCUUGAUACAUCGUAUUGCACGAAUAUUAUCGAAAGAAGUUUAAGGCAAAAGUUUUAUAAAGAAGAUUGUAAGAAACUUAAAGUAAACUAUUUUUGGUUUGACAAUCCCUUAUAUAAUAUUCAAAGAAAUUCUGAAUACUUUAUAGACAUUAUAUGAAGAUGUAUUGAAUUGUUUUUAAUUGUCAUUUUUUUUUCCUAUUAAAUAAAGUAUGCAAAUUAAUUGUAGACAAAAGAAUGAAACAAUGUAACUCCUUUUUAAAAGCGAACGAAAAAAGAUUACCCUAAAACAAACACUUAAACAUAUUUGGUA